AUGUCGUUCAAAACAUUAAAAUUAAUAAGUGCUCUCGUAUUCCUAACAUUUAAGCGCGGUGUAGCCACGGAAGACUCGUCCGGGACCGUACCAAGCUUUUCAUCAAUAGCUGAAGCCCUCGGAUACGAUUGCGUUGCUCACAGGAUCACAACAAAAGACGGUUACAUACUCACCCUGUUCAAUAUACCGGGCAACAAAACCAGGCCGAUUUUUUUUAUGCACGGAUUCGGAGAUUCCUCACGCACGUUCAUAGUCCGAGGGAACACAUCUAUGUUGGUAUCCGUGGCCAAAGCCGGGUAUGACGUGUGGGCCGGGAACAUGAGGGGGAAUGAAUACUCCCGCGACCACGUGACGCUGAACGCAGAUAUAGACGUCGCGGCCUACUGGAAUUUUUCGUACCACGAAGUCGGCGUGUACGAUCUGCCCGCCCAAAUCGAUUACAUACUGAACAAGACCCAACAAAAUCGACUGAGUGUCAUAAGCCAUUCCCAAGGAAGCGCCGUAUUCUUUGUGCUCUUAUCCACUUACCCCGAGUACAAUGAAAAGAUUCGACCCCUAAUAACACUAGGGCCUUAA